GUUAGCUCGGGCAUUAACUCUACUAAACGAUAAAUAUAUAUAUACAUAUAUAUAUUUUUUUAUAUAUUUAUUUUCUUACUAUCUCUCUUGGAUCAAAGCAUUGCUGCUCCGUUGCCGCUCCGCUAAGGUUGUGCAGAAGCCAGUUUAACAAACACACACACAAAAAAAAGAAAAGAAAAAAGAAAAGAAAAAGAAGAAGAAGAAGUCGUCAUCAUGGUGCUUAUGAUACUUCCAUUCAUCGGAGCCGUGUCGGUGUCUGAGAGUCUGUUAGCCAUGACCACGGUGUGUCUGGUCUACAUGGUCCUCAAGUUCUUCCACACCCAGAUCCCCGAGGGGCUCCGUCGGCUGCCCGGCCCCAAGCCCCUGCCCAUCAUCGGGAACGUGCUGGAGGUGGGCAGCCGGCCCUACCUCAGCCUCACCGAGAUGAGCAAACGCUACGGCCACGUCUUCCAGAUCCAGAUCGGCAUGCGGCCCGUGGUGGUGCUGAGCGGCGGAGAAGUGCUGCGCCAGGCCCUGGUCAAGCAAGGGGACGACUUCGCCGGCCGACCCGACCUGUACAGCUUCAGGCUCAUCAACGACGGCAAGAGCCUGGCCUUCAGCACGGACCAGGCCGGCGUGUGGCGAGCCCGCAGGAAGCUGGCCUACAGCGCGCUGCGCUCCUUCUCCACCCUGGAGGGCACGACCCCGGAGUACUCCUGCAUCCUGGAGGAGCACAUCUGCAAGGAGGGCAAGUACCUGAUCGAGCAGCUGGAGUCCGUCAUGGCCACAGACGGCAGCUUCGACCCCUUCCGACACAUCGUGGUCUCCGUGGCCAACGUCAUCUGCGGCAUGUGCUUCGGCCGGAGGUACAACCACGACCACCAGGAGCUGCUGAACCUGGUGAACCUCAGCGACGAGUUCGGCCAGGUGGUGGGCAGCGGCAACCCGGCCGACUUCAUCCCGGCUCUCCAGUUCCUCCCCAGCACCACCAUGAAGAAGUUCAUGAACAUCAACGUGCGCUUCAACACCUUCAUACAGAAGAUUGUCACCGAGCACUACGCCACCUAUGACAAGGACAACAUUCGUGACAUCACCGAUUCCCUCAUCGAUCACUGCGAGGACCGCAAGCUGGAUGAGAACUCCAACAUCCAGGUGUCAGACGAGAAGAUUGUGGGAAUUGUCAAUGACCUGUUUGGAGCUGGUUUUGACACCAUCUCCACUGCCCUGUCUUGGUCAGUGAUGUACUUGGUUGCGUACCCAGAGAUGCAGGAAAGGCUUUACCAAGAGCUGAAGGACCAAGUGGGUCUGGAUCGCAGUCCCCUUCUCUCCGACAAAUCCAACCUGCCCUUUCUGGAGGCCUUCAUCCUGGAGAUCCUUCGCCAUUCUUCAUUCCUGCCAUUCACCAUCCCUCACUGCACCACAAAAGACACGUCUCUCAAUGGCUACUUCAUUCCCAAAGACACCUGCGUCUUCAUCAAUCAGUGGCAGGUCAACCACGAUCCCGAGCUGUGGAAAGAUCCGUCCACGUUCAACCCGGACCGCUUCCUGAGCGCUGAUGGCACCGAGGUCAACAAGCUGGAGGGUGAGAAGGUGAUGGCUUUCGGCAUGGGGAAGCGGCGCUGCAUCGGCGAGGUCAUCGCAAGAAACGAGGUAUACCUCUUCUUGGCGAUCAUCGUCCAGAAGCUGCACUUCCACCGGUUGCCAGGAGAGCCGCUGGACAUGACCCCGAAUACGGCCUCACGAUGAAGCACAAGCGCUGCCACCUGAGAGCAACGAUGCGAGCCAGGAGUGAGCAGUGAAGCUAUUUACACUGUGUGUGACUCAAUAGCUGGUGUUACGUUGACU